UGCUUGUGCUUCGUCUUUGGGGUGAGACAUUAUUGUUCUCUUGAAUUCAAAAGAACGGAGAUGGAACCCAUUUGUGUUAAAGAGAAGGUUGCAGAGUCAGAACACUCAAAAACUCCAAAGCAGUGUAAACAGCAGACACACGAUGUUCCAAACCACAAGGAGACUCCUGCACUAGAAUCUGACUCUGAUCUAGGAUCCACCUACAGUAAAGAGGAGGUCAUUGAUCCUGAACUGGAAGCUGUGUGCAUUAAAGAUGAGACCAGUGAGCCUGUCUUGGAAUUGGACCCAUUUGCCACAGAUGUCAGCGAACUGGGAUUUGGGUACAAUUUAGAGGAGGUCUCUGAACACAAGAUAACAUGCACUAAAGAAACAAAGGAAAGUUUGAAAAAGGAACCUGUUCGUGUUAAAGAAGCAACUGUCAAUCAAGAACUGGGAUCUGCCCACAUUAAAGAGGAAGCAGUGGAAUCAGGCACAGACGCAGCGUAUGGCUUUGAGCUAGGGUCGAGUAACAUUAUAGAGGUCUCUGAAGACAGCAUAACAUUGGUUGUGGACCAAGAACCUCAAUCUAAUCCCUGUCCUCACUGCCGAUUCUCUUUCUGUGAGGAGCAGCACCUUGAGAAGCAUGUAAAGGAUGCCCACCCAGAACAGAUUCCCUCUGCAGAUGCCCCGUAUAGCUGUUCUGUAUGUGGGAGGAGUUUCAGUCGGUUGUACUCUCUUAAAGAACACCAGCGAAUUCACACAAGGGAAACGCCCUAUCACUGCUCUGAAUGCGAUCAGAGCUUUGGUCGGUUAUUUUCCUUCAAACGACACCAGCAGCUUCACACAGACGAGGCACCGUUUCACUGCUCCGAUUGUGGGAAGAAUUUCCGUGAGUCAGGAGCGCUUAAAAAACACCAGCGAGUUCACACUGGAGAGGCGCCUUAUCACUGUACUGAAUGCGGGAGCAGUUUUCGCGAAGCUGGAUAUCUUAAAGCUCACAAGCGCAUUCACACAGGAGAGAGGCCCUAUCACUGUAGUGAAUGCGGAAAGAGAUUUCGGGUGGCAUGGUCUCUUCAAGCCCAUCUGCGCAUUCACAGAGGAGAGACUCCCUUUCUGUGUGGCGAGUGUGGAAAAGGUUUUAGGCUGUCUGGACACCUUAAAAAGCACCAGCGAAUUCACACCGGAGAAACACCAUAUCGCUGUACCGAAUGUGGAAAGAGCUUUAGAGAAUUAGGACACCUUAAAACACACCAGCGAAUUCACACAGGCGAGACGCCUUACCACUGUACCGAGUGUGGGAAGGGAUUCAAGCAGUCUGGGACACUUAAAAAACACCAACGAAUUCACACAGGGGAGAAUCCUCCAGCACUGCACAGGCCCUAAGGAUUCUACUAGAAAAACCCCAUGUUAAUAAUGAGAGAUUAUUUUAGAUCUGUUUUGUUAUAGGCCAUUAAUCAAUCAAUCUUUUUUUUAUAUAGUGUCUUUCAUAGUGGAUCACCAUCACAAAGCGCUUUAUAAGAUAA